AUGGCUGAUGUUGCAAUUGACCACACCGAACCCGCUCUAGCACAACCACCACCCGAGAAACCACCCAAGCAGACCGAAUACGCCUCGUCGACCACCACCACAUUGGCUACCAACAAAACAACCUCGCGUAGGCCUACCUAUAUAAGUGACGGAUUCGUCGAACGCGAGACCAAGCUUCCCCAACAACUACUAGCUAGGAGAUCGAGCAUUGAAAUCGAUGAUUAUUUUGUUGGACCGCGAAAUCUUGACCGUCAUUCUAAAUGGCCAACUUUCCUACGAUUGCACGGCAGCGUUUUGCCGCGCAUGAUCAUUCCCUUAUCUCUGACCGCAUUAUGGUCUGCCCUGAUCGUCGCCAUUACAACAUACGUCCAUAAUUUGGGCGUAUCGUCUAUUCUCCUUACUGUUCUCGGUUUUGUUGUCGGUCUUUCUCUCUCAUUACGCAGUUCCACCGCAUAUGAACGAUAUGCCGAAGGGCGGAAGUACUGGGCUCUAUUAAUGCAAUCAUCCCGAACUCUGGCUCGCAUAAUCUGGAUCAACAACGAGGAACGGGAAGGAGAAGAAGGGAAGGAAGAUGUGAUCGCCAAACUGACGGGAAUCAAUUUGAUUCUGUCUUUUGCAAUUGCAUUGAAGCACAAGUUGCGAUUCGAGCCUGAAAUGGCGUACGAAGAUCUUUCCGAUCUUAUUGGACACUUGGAUACCUACGCCAAAGCCGCUCAUGACCCUGAUUCUACUGAUCGACAUCCAAUCGGUCGUUUCAAGGCUAUCGGGCAAUACCUUAGUGUACCAAUGGCAAUGUCGAACCCUAGAAAGGCAAUCAAAAAAUCUACGAAACCUCUUGGAAACUUGCCCGUUGAAAUCUUAUCUUACUUGUCUGCCUACGUCGACGUGUUGAUGGUUGAGGGUAAAAUUAAGCUACCAGUAUACCAGUCUCAAACCGGCGCCCUUUUGUAUGCAAUGGAAGAGGUUAUGACUGGUACUGAACGCGUUCUUAAUACCCCCCUCCCUCUCGCAUAUACCAUUCUUAUUUCGCAAAUUACCUGGGUAUAUGUCCUUAUCUUACCUUUCCAGCUUGUUGGAAGCCUGGGAUGGAUCACCAUUCCAGGAGUUGUCGUUGCUACCUAUAUCAUUCAAGGUAUUGCUGCUAUCUGUGCUGAGAUUGAGAACCCAUUUGGCAACGAUGUCAAUGAUCUUCCUCUCGACGUUUUCUGUGAGCAGCUUGCGGCCGACCUCGACAUCAUUACCUCCUUGCCGCCGCCAAAGCCUAAGGAGUUCAUCCCCCGUGCUGACAACCUUGUGUUGCACCCUCUGAGCAAGAGCGGUGCAGACGUCUGGAAAGAUCGCAGUUUGGAAGACAUCCGUGCUGCUUUACGGGCGAAAGCUACAAUAACCCCCUCCGCCAUAGCCGCUUCUGGCUCAAGAGAUAAAAUAUUAGCAGCAAACCGCGCCAGCUCCGAAGGAGCGUGA